AUGGUAAAAGAUAAGAAAGUUAGUAAAAAUCCUUCAUCAAAAUCCAAUGAUUCACUAACGAGUAAUAAAAAGAACGCACAUAAUUCUAAUACACUGUAUUGGUCUGAUCUAAAUAAAACAAAAUUUAUUAGUCUAGUUACUUUAUCAUCAUGGUCAAUUCGUACAACAAUACAUCCAUUUAUAUUAAUAAAAACACGUAUGCAAUGUGUACAACAAGAAGAACAAGUGUAUAAAAAUAUAUAUGAUGCUGGACGCACAAUAUUAAAGAAAGAAGGUUUAUUUAAAGGUUUAUUUCGUGGUUAUACGGUUGCAUUUGCUGGUAUUAUAUUAGCAGAACCAUUUUAUUUUGCAGCAUUAGAAAUAACACGUGAAAAAUUAGAUAAAUAUUGGAAACAGAAAAAAAAUGAAAAAAACCAACAUUCUUUUACAAAAAAUCAACAAGAUUUAAUAACAAGUAUAGUUGCUGGUGGAAUUAGUUCUGUAGUACAGUAUACAAUAUUAGUUCCAUGUGAUUUAAUGAUGCAACGUCUAAUGAUUAAACCGUAUUAUGAUCGUGAGACUCCGUCCGGCCGAUAUGGUGUCCGUAAUGUUAUUGAUUCAGUUUAUCAUAAAUCCGGUGAUGGUCUACGCGGUUUUUAUAAAGGUUACCUAAUUACAUUAGCAAUUAAUGUACCAUUUUCAUCGAUUAUAUGGACAUUGUAUUGGCGUAUACAACAUCAUUUAGAAAUAAUAUUAACACGAAAAUAUGAUUAUAUAACGUCGCCUCUAUCCGAUAAAUUUCACUCGCCGUCAUUCUCACCCUAUUUUUUCUCUGGUUUUCUUCUAGCCGUCUUGGCUUCUGGUAUCGCAUCAUUAAUCACACAACCUAUUGAUGUAUUAAAAACACGUUUACAAGUACAAAAACAGCGUACAUCAGUUCUACAUACAUUGCUUACAUUAGUGAAACAACGUGGUGCACUAAGAGGUUUAAUGAGUGGUACAUUGCCACGUGCAAUGAUGGUUAUACCAAAUUGCACAGUUUUAAUGUCACUAUAUGAAUAUGUUAAAAGAAUUAGUGUUAAGACACACGAUAAUGAUGGCCAUAAUAUAUAG